CACGGUACCUCCGAGGCGCCGCGAUAAAAACUCUGCUCGGCGUGCAGCUCUCAUUUAUUGCUCAUUGUGAGCGUAAGUACACUGCUGCUUUUGGCGCAAAAUCAAGUGCUGGUUGCCCAGCGCGCGCAACUGGCAGCGGGAACAGCGGCAUCGCCCAGAGCAGACUGCAGCUCCGCAGCGCAACUAGCUCCGUAAACGCCGGCCGCAGCGACACAAAACAAUGCGUGUGCUCCGCGCCAAGGCCGCGAGGAAGGCGCUGCACUUCUACAAGGUGACGCACGGCAUCCGCGACCCCUACACGUUGUUAGUGGACGGCACGUUCGUGCACCACGCGCUCGUCGGCGUCAAGACGAACCUCGCGUCGCGCGUCGAGAAGGUGCUGGGGCGGGACGUGCGCUACGCCGUGCCGGGGCCGGUGCUGGACGACCUCAGGAACCGGGGCGAGGCCGGCGCCGCGGCGCUGGAGUUCUGUCGCCGGCGCUGCCGCGUCAUCGCCACGCCGCGCGCCUGCGACACGGCGGCCAAGGCCGUGCUCCAUUUAGUUGGAGAGGCCAACGGCCAGAAGUUUGUGGUCGCGACGCACGACCGCGCUCUGCAAACCGCGCUCCGCAGGGUGCCGGGCGCGCCCCUCCUCUACUUCAGCGGCACGGUGCUCAACGUCGACGAGCCCUCUCGCGCGUCGCGGAGCGCCGCGGCGCGCCACGAGCGCGUCCAGGGCCGCUUAACGGACGACGAGUUCCGGGUCGCGCGCGCGAUCCGGGCGCAGGACCGCGUCUCCAGUAAUGUCGUGGCGCCGCCGGCGGCGGACCGCUCGAAGAAGCGCGCGCGCGCGCCGAACCCGCUCUCGUGCCGCAAGCCCCAGAAGGCGCGGAACCCCCAUUCCGAGGGCGGCGGCGACAAGAAGCGGCGCAAGCGCCGGCGGAAGGCGAAGGAGUAAGGUACUUCUGGUGUA